UGGCCCCAGACACGAACCGGUGGUCAGCAUGUGGACGCUGUCCUCCAACAAUCCGUCAGAGGCGCAAUGGAAGCCGACGCACGAAGUGAGGUUGGCUGAGAUCUGGAACCAUGAGACCUACAAAAGGACGCCGCUGCACGGGGAUGUGAUCCCCACCGUGGCGCUUGUCAACCCGAUGAAGGCACACGAGGUCUACUUCUUCCUGGACAAGCACAUCUUCUCUGUCAACCUGCAGAACAGUAGUGUGGUGCAGUAUGAGAAGUUUGAAGAUUCGGGGAUGCCGGACCUCUCCUCCCGCCUGGUCCAUGCUUGGCAGUUUCCACCGGAGCUCACCGAAUAUCAUCACUUGCCUGGAACCGAUGUGUUGGGUGCCACGGGGGUUUAUUUCCUGAAUCAAUAUGACUCAGUGGAGGAUUUCCAUGAAGAAGUGAUUGCUGCCACAGACAGGUGGUGUCCCGAAUUGCAUGAGAUGGGUCUGGAGGAACUUGAAGAUGGAGAUGAUGAUGCUUCUGAGAUGAGUGUGGAUCUUGAAGGGGAUGGAGAUGACUCUGAGACGAGUGGGGAUGACUCCGAGAUCAGUGAGGACGAUGUCGAAGAGGACGGAGAUGAAGACUGAGAUGACGUAGACGAUGGAGGUGAUUUAGAAGUGUGCUAAUCUGUUACACAUGGCUGAUUUGAGUCAUCCGCAUCCACCCCGCGUUUCUUCACUUAAAGAAAUGCUUUUACUGUGUUGCUCCUUGUCUAGUCUAGUGGUUCGGCGUUCUGGUAGCACCAUGGUAUGUUUUGUGGUUGUAGUUUUCUGUACAAUGCGACAGUACUAUAUCUGUUUCGGCGUCUCGGCUGGGUGGGGGUAGCUUCCGGUUGGCCGCCUCCCCAGCUCCCCAGCUCUUUCCGUUUACGGAAACCCCUUUGGUCAAUGAAAAAACUGCUCUUAUAAAAGACAGCAAAA